AUGACUCAAACAUGGAUGCAAAAUAUUCCAGAAAUAGAUGUAUACAUGCAAUCACUUGAUAAUGAAACAUACGGCUACCUUCAAAAAAAUAUCGGAAAUUCGAAUCUACACUUAAAUAUUAUUCCAAUAAGUCAGCCAUGCUUAAUUGGAACCACAAAUGAUAACGGAUGGAAUCAUGCACAAGCUUUACAUACAGUAUCUUAUAAAUAUGCAUACGAAAAGAAUCCAAAUAAAAAGAUUUACGUUUUUUUAGACGAUGAUACAUACUUUUUUCCGCAAUCAUUGAUAUCACAAAUUAAUUCAGAAGUUUUAAAUGGUCCAUAUGCAUUUGGAUGUGUAUAUGGAUCUUAUAUCGAAAUAGAAAAAUUUUAUAAUCCGAAAAGAACAAGUAAUCAUGUUUUCAUAAAUGGUGGAGGUGGUAUCGUUGUUACUAAAGAGCUUCUCAAACUAAUAAGUGAGAAAAACUCAUUACUUACAACUGCAUUUGUAUCUCAUAAGUUUCCAAGUGAUAUGAAACUUGCGACCUUUAUUGACAGCAUCAUUGGUCCAAUAGAAAAUUAUCUAUUAGCUUGGCCUGGACAAUCAAAUGCUGAAUCUCCUUAUACGCUUAUUGCAGAACUGGGCAUUCUAAAAACUUUUCCAGUAGGAUUCCCACGUAUUUCAUUCCAUCAUAUAAUAGAUGAAGAUGUUCAAAGACUUUGGCGUUCUUCUUCAUCAAUAUUUGCGAAUAAGACUGUUUAUUGGGAUAAUUUUUCAACACAAGUUAUUAAAGUUCCAUUUGAUGAUGAAAUAGUUAAUUUCGCAUUCGGAUAUGCUUUCUACAAUGACAAACUUCAAAAUGAAAGUUGUUUUUCAAUAGAAAACCCAGUUCCCGAUAAUAUAGAAGCGCCAAAAUAUUAUAGACAGAGAUACAACUGUAAUGUAACUGUAUAUUAUCAUUGUAAUGGCAAAUCCAAUGAAAUUAUUUUAGAAAAAUUUUCUAAUGAUGCUUAUCACUUCUCCAUUCAAUGUCCUUCGCCAGUGCCUUAUAUAAACAAAAGGCACAUUGAUGUGAAGUAUUUUGAUUAUGAUCCUAAUUAA